AUGGCAGCGAAGAUCGAUAAGCUCUCGAUUUUGGGGGUUCGCUCCUUCGAUAACACACGCAGCGAAACCAUACAAUUCCAUACACCUCUUACAUUGAUCGUCGGCUACAAUGGAUCUGGGAAAACGACCAUCAUCGAGUGUCUCAAAUAUGCCACGACUGGCGACCUUCCUCCGAACAGCAAAGGUGGUGCCUUUAUUCAUGAUCCAAAGUUAUGCGGCGAGAAAGAGGUGCUCGCCCAGGUGAAGCUUUCCUUCAAUGGCACAUCCGGCGCCAAGAUGGUGGCUACACGCAGCCUUCAGCUCACAGUCAAGAAAACAACAAGGCAGCAGAAGACAUUAGAGGGCCAGCUGGUCAUGGUGAAAAACGGCGAGCGUGCAUCUAUCUCAUCACGGGUGGCUGAGCUCGACCAGAUCAUGCCACAGUACUUGGGUGUUUCUAGAGCCGUCUUGGACUCCGUUAUUUUCUGUCACCAGGAUGAGAGUCUGUGGCCGAUGAGUGAGCCGUCGGUUUUGAAAAAGAGAUUUGACGAAAUCUUUGAAGCUAUGAAGUACACGAAGGCCAUCGACAAUAUCAAAGCGCUGCGCAAAAAGCAAAAUGAAGAGCUUGGCAAAUUCAAGAUUAUGGAACAGCAUGCCAAAGAGGAUAAAGACAAGGCCGACCGUGCAGAGAAACGAUCCGUCAAGCUUCAGGAUGAGAUCGAGGCGUUGAGAGAGGAGACUCAGCAAAUGUCAAAGGAUCUGCGGCGCGUCGCUGAGCUGGCUGACAAGGCCUGGAAAGAGUCCGAAAGUUACGCUCAGGUACUCGGUGCUCUGGAGGGAAAGCGUAUCGAAGCGAAAAGUAUCGAAACCACCAUUGAAAACCUCAAGAGGCACCUGGUUGAGCUCGACGAGUCGGAUGAGUGGCUGCAGUCGACGCUCGAGCAAUUUGAGGCGAAACAAAUCGAGUAUCAACAGCAGGAGGAAGCCCAUAAGGAGAACUAUAUGGAACUAAAGGAGAGGAUCGAGACUGCUCGACACCGACUAGGCUUGAAGCAGGCCGAGAACGGCAAAUUCGAAAAUGAUAAAGCCAAUUUUGAGCGUCAGGUCCAAAGACGCCAAAAUAUGAUCAACGAGGCUGCUCGCAACAAUAACAUCCGUGGAAUCGACGACAACAUGGAUCAGACAGAGAUCGAUGGUUUCAUGCAGAAGAUUCGGCGCGUUUUGCGAGAGCAAAUCCAGGCCUUGGAUCGUGUGAAGCGCGAGGCCCAGCAGGAACUCCGUGUAGUGCAAGACACUCUCAACGAGAUCGGCCAGCGGAAGUCCGCCCUGCAGGAAACCAAGAAUGCUGCAAAGAGACAGAUUGCGGCGAACGAAAAAGAGGCAGCAACUUACCAAGGGAGGCUCAAUGAGAUUGACGUUGACGAAGGAGUCCAAGCUGUUCUAGAGGCUAAGACUGAAGAUAUUACUUCGAGUCUUCAUCAAGCAAAAGAGCGGGCGAAGACUGCCUCAUGGGACCGAGAGAUCCAAGAUAUCAACGUGCAAAUCCAGCACCUUGAGGAUGAGAGUUUGAAACUCAAUGCCGAGCUGAUUGAGUCCACAAAGAAAGCAGGAGACCUGGCUCGGUUGGAUCACCUCAAGAAGGAGCUCAAAGACAGAGAACGCAGUUUGCAGACGAUGAAGAGUGCCCAUGGAGAUCGUCUUGUGAAAGUUCUCGGUUCCGCUUGGCAACCUGAUAGCCUGGAAAAGGAUUUCCAACAGGCUGUUGAUAGUGAAACAAAGCAGGUCGCCGAUGCAGAGCGGGGCCGUGACGGCGUCAGCCGAGAGCUUGAGCAAGUGGAAUUCAAACUGAAGAAUGCAAAGAAAAUCCUGAAACAGCGACGCAAGGAUCUCGACGACUGCGUGAAGGAGAUUCAUGAAGUAGUCGAUGCUGAGCCAUCGGAGUAUCCCGAGAUUGUCAAAGAACGCCAGGCUCAAUAUGAUCUUGCCCGCAAGGAUGCUGAUCAAUAUGCUGGCAUGGGCGAGUACCUCAACAAGUGCCUGGAUGCAGCAAAACGCACCAAGUUGUGCCGCACUUGCCAGCGGUCCUUCAGGAACGAGGCGGAACUCCAGACUUUCACAAAGAAGCUGGAGGCCUUGGUGAAGAAGGCUGGCUUGGACGCCGAGGACGAGACCUUAAAAGGCCUUGAACAAGAUCUCGAAAACGCUCGUGCAGCUAAUGGAUUUUAUGACCAAUGGGUUCGUCUUUCCGAGACUGAUAUUCCUGAGUUGGAAAAAGAAGAGCAAGACUGCGAAUCUCAGCGAGACCGGCUUCUGGACAAGCUUGAGACCCAUGAUAGGAUGGUUAGCGACAAGUUGGAAAGUAAGAGAGAUGUUGAAACUCUCGCGAAGACUGUUAAUACCAUCUCGAGGCACGACGGUGAAAUCAAGAAUAUCACGUCUCAAAUCCAGGAGCUUUCGGCGAAGCAGCAGGAUACCUCUAUGGAACGUACCUUGGACGAUAUCCAGCAAGAGAUCUCGGCUACCAACGAAAAGUCUCGAGAAUUAAAGAGAGCCCUCACAAAACUCACGAAUGAGAAGGAGCAGACACGAACCGAGAUGAACAAGCUCGAACUCCAACUUAGAGAUGUACGCGACAACCUCAACAACACCAAGUUCCAGCUAGAAAAGAAGGCCGACCUGCUUGUCCGCAUCGAGGAGUACAAGAAGCUUAAUCUUCAGCAGAGAGAGGCAAUACAGAAAGCAGACCAGGAUAUAGAAAACCUUUCACCUGAAUUGCUCAAGGCUCAAGCCAGCUACGACGAUAUUAGUGAAAAGGCUGAUACACACGAAAGAGAUUUGCAGCACGAGAUCAACAGCAUAUCCGAGAGUAUACACCAACUUGAUCUUGCCAAUGAGGAUAUUAAUUCAUACAUCGAGCGAGGAGGCCCGACUCAGCUUGAGCGGAGCAAGCAAGAGCUUACCGGAGUCGAGAGUGAGAUUAGCCGGUUUGAAGCCGAGCAAGGCGAGGUUACAAGAGAGAUCAACAAGAUUUCCACUCAGCUCAAGGACAGUGAGAAUACGAAGCGCCAGUACUCAGACAACCUGACCUAUCGUCAAGCGACACGAUCUCUGGACAAAGUUCUUCAAGAGGUCGAGGAACUGGAAGCGCAGAACGCCGAAGUUGACCGUAGCCGGUUCAAGCAAGAGUCGGAGCGCUGGACCCGCGAGCAUAAUGCCUUGGCUGCCAAGCAGGCCAGCAAAAUGGGCGAAAUGAAGUCCAAGGAUGACCAGUUGAUGCAACUGCUGGCCGACUGGAAUACGGACUACAAGGAUGCAGCCUCUAAGUACAAAGAGGCGCAUAUCAAAGUGGAGACCACCAAGGCCGCAGUCGAAGAUCUCGCUCGCUAUGGCGGCGCCCUAGACAAAGCUAUCAUGCGAUACCACGGGUUGAAGAUGGAAGAAAUCAACUCCAUCAUCGGUGAACUCUGGCAAAAGACGUACCGCGGAACAGACGUGGACACGAUUCUCAUUCGUUCCGACAACGAAAAUGCGAAGGGAAACAGAUCCUACAACUAUCGAGUUUGCAUGGUCAAACAAGGCGCAGAGAUGGACAUGCGAGGUCGCUGCAGCGCGGGUCAGAAGGUGUUGGCUAGUAUCAUCAUUCGGCUUGCUCUGGCGGAAUGUUUCGGCGUGAAUUGUGGUCUCAUCGCUCUGGAUGAGCCAACGACGAAUCUGGAUCGUGAUAAUAUCCGCUCGCUAGCGGAAUCGUUGCACGAUAUUAUUCGGGCUCGCCAGCAGCAGGCGAAUUUCCAGUUGAUUGUCAUCACCCACGAUGAGGAAUUUUUGCGCCACAUGCAGUGCGGAGACUUCAGCGAUUACUAUUAUCGCGUCUCGCGGAAUGAGAAACAGAAGUCGAUCAUUGAGAGGCAGUCCAUUGCUGAGGUAUGUUUUUGA